GACGUCAGUCAGUCAGUCGAGCGAGAAUCGGGCAUGAAUCGCGAGUUGUCCUCGUCGUCUUAUUUCGUUAAUUGUGAUCAUCCAUUUUGAUUCUAAAAUUCUGAUAACUAUUCAACAACUAAGGAAAAAAACGUUCCGCUCUGGAAUAAGAUGUUAAUCUUUAUGGCUUGUAUGUUCAACUAUUCCCUGGUUUCCGUUUCCUUUUUAUCAUUUAAAUAUUUGCGAUACUAAAAGUUAUUCGAAUAUCGAUAUUUGUUAUCUACAUAAAAUUUCGGUGCCAGAUACGUAUUUGCCGAAAGUAGGAGCGAUCAUCUGUUUAUCGCACGCGAAUGACGCAACGAACGCGAGUGAUCACCUUUUCUGCGCGAGAACACGAAGAACAAACGGCAUUUGUCACCGAGUGAUAAACGGCAUUCGAUGGUCAGUGCGUGUAUAAAACGUCGUAGAUGACCAACUGCUCAUAGCAGUCUAUCUUGCAGAGAAAAAAAUGCCUGUAGUAAUAUUGAAGAUGUAAUUAUCAGUUUGAAUUUUAUUGUUAAAUAACAAGUAAAGUUAAAAAAGAAAAAGAGGACGAACACAUUUUUCAAUCCAGUGAAAAUUCAUAAUUGUUCAUUGAAAGUAAAACAAGUCCUUUAAAAAAUCCCAAAUCUUUUUAUGAAAAGAAUUUGACAAAAAUAUACAAACGCUGAAAUAUCUAUUUAUCAGCAAUUUUGUUAGAUUAGAAAGUCAAUUAAAAGAUCUGAAUCUUUAAUUGAUAUAAAAACUCAACGAGAAAAGUGAACUAUUCUAAAUAUUUGUGCAGAAACAAAGAAGUUUAAUAGAAAGAAGUGUAAGAAACCUCUAUUUUAUUAAAUUAGAGGUUUACAAGAUUUAUAAAAAAUAAUGAUCAAGAGAGAAGAUUGGAAUAUUAAAAAAUAUUCAUAAAAGUAAGAAGGAUAUAUGUAGAAAUUUCAUAUAUCAGGUGUUUAUUUUACAUGUAAAUGCUUUAAAUAGAUGAGACAUAUGAGUGGACUAUUCUAUUAUUAAAGGAUUUGUUCAAUAUUAAGAAUAUCAGUGUGCAUCGCAUGAUAUAGUGAGUCAAGAUGAACGAAAUGAAUGGCAGCGUGUUAAAGACGAGCGACAAAUUUCCAUCGCCGGAUUGUGAAGAUGAACAAAAGUUAAUAUUACCAACUACGCCAACGACACCAAUGAUAGUACAAAUGACAAAGAACCCAUGUUCUUCAUUCAAGUACAGGAGUCGAUACCGGGCUGGACCGACGCGGAAGCUACGUCGUCGUGCCGUCCUGAAGAAUGGCGAUUGCAACGUGUUGCAGUCGCGCAUCUCCCGACGAUCUCUACGCUUCUUGCAAGACAUCUUCACUACCUUAGUAGAUACACAAUGGCGUUGGACGCUACUGUGCUUCAUCCUGAGCUUCCUUCUUUCCUGGUUAGGAUUUGCUGUAAUUUGGUGGCUAAUCGCUUUUACCCACGGUGAUUUCGAAGAGAGUCACUUGCCACCCUUCCAAGUGGAAAACAACUGGACACCAUGCGUUUACAACAUCUUUAGCUUCACCAGCUGCUUUCUCUUUAGUAUCGAGACCCAACACACCAUUGGAUACGGCAGUCGGUCCACCACCGAAGAGUGCCCCGAGGCUAUAUUUGUGAUGUGCAUACAAAGCAUUUCUGGCGUUAUGAUCCAAGCUUUCAUGGUAGGCAUUGUAUUUGCCAAGAUGACAAGACCGAAGCAACGUACCCAAACUCUACUGUUCUCGCGAAAUGCCGUAAUCUGUCAACGGGAUGGCGAACUUUGUCUCAUGUUUCGAGUGGGCGAUAUGCGGAAGAGUCACAUAAUUGGUGCGAGCGUUCGCGCUCAAUUGAUUCGCGGUAGAACAACUAAAGAAGGCGAAAUUCUGUCUCAACAUCAGCAAGAACUGACGGUAGGCACUGAUGGUGAAAACGGCGAUCUAUUUUUCAUCUGGCCAGCCAUCAUAAUCCAUCGAAUUAAUGAGUCUUCGCCCUUCUAUAAUAUGUCCGCCGAGAAUAUGUUAAUCGAACGUUUCGAGGUUGUCCUAAUCUUAGAAGGUACUAUCGAAUCUACUGGACAAACUACCCAGGCCAGAUCAAGUUAUCUUCCCCAGGAAAUUUUAUGGGGUCAUCGUUUCGACCCCAUGGUGAGCUAUUCGAAAGAACGGCAAGGCUAUGAAGUAGAUUAUUCGCUAUUUAAUAGUACUACUCAAGUUGAUACUCCGCUUUGCUCGGGCAAAGAACUCGCAGAGUUCUACAAAGUACAGGAUGACUUUCGUCACGGAACUGAUGUCUUAAUCGAUAAGGAUCAUUUAAUUGGGGAACAAUAUUGGUGCAAUUGUCACUUGAUCAAACAACAUUCACUGUCUUUCACGCCUUUGGAUUGCCCGAGCAGCAACAAUAGCGUGGAGAAUGAAUAUUCUUGGAGAAAUACAUCUAAAUAUUCAAAAUUACACAUUCGUACUUUACACAAUUCUUAAAGCGAAGGCAUUGCUCAAACCAAAAUAUUCGAUUUCGAUCCUAAAACCAUUGAAAUCAUGAAACAUCAACAAAUAUCGGAAACAAUAAAUAGAGAGAUCGUGAAGACUAAUUGUCAAGAAAUGGAUUUUGAGAAAAAAAGAUUUAGAGAGGAAUCUAAUUAAAUUGCCUCACAAAAAAAAUAAAAAUCAUAGUCAGAAAAUUGUUUCUAAAGAAGGGAAAGAUGUUUUAAUACAAACGGUGGGAAAAGAAUAUGCAUAAUUGACAAAAUUAAAGGCAAGAUUUUGACGAUUAGUCAAAAAUUUUCGAAGAACAAAAUAUUUCGAGGCAAAUAGCAUUAAUUUAAUUGAAUAAAAAUACAGACAAGAUCUUGAAGAGCAACUUAUCUUUGAGGAAAAUGGUCUUUAAAAGAAAAAUGGAGAAUUUCUAGAAAAGAAUUUGAUAAAAUUGAAGAAAGAAAAAUGCUGAAGAAAUAAUCAAGAAAUUACAAUAUUAUAAUACUGAUAACUCAAAGAAAAAGAGAGUUGAUUUAAAAUGUUGAUAAAAUGUUGACGAAUUGAAAAGCAAUUUCUUAAACUCCAAUGUUUAUAAGUAAUCUAUUAAAAAUUUUAAUUGUCUUAAUGAUGUAAUUAUUCGUAAGGAACAAAUUCUUCCUAAUGUCAAUAAAAUAAAAAUUGAAAAAAAAAAUUUUUUUGGACAAAAUUGAGUAGUUAACGAUACAGCAGCAAAACAUAGAGAAUAGAAGAUUAGACUUCAAUUUUCUCAAACAAUAAUAUACGUAUAUCUUGUAAAAAUUUAGUUAAUUAUACUAUACACAAUCAAUCAUAUGAUUAUGUAAGACAGUGUGAUGAUGUUAUUUAAAAUGUAGUAGUUUAUAACACGAACAAAAUAAAAAUAGCAAUAUAUUGCACGUGUAAAAGUUUAGAAAAAUUUUUUUUGCGACAGUAAAUUAACAAAUUUUAUAAAUCA